AUGGGUUCUGGUUCAAGUUUUACAAUUUUAUCUUCAACUAGUAAUACAAAAACUAAUUCUGAAAUAAUUACAGAUGAUUCAACUGAUAAAUCAAGUAAAUUACCUCAAAUUAUUUCUCAAGAAAAAAUACAAAAAUCAAUUAAACAAAAACAAAAAAGAUUGGAAAAUUUUGAACCAUUUACACUUAUUUAUCUUGAUAAUGAUUUUGAUGAUAAUGAUAAAAAAUUUCAAUCUACAAUUGAUUUUAUUUGUUGUUUUAAUGAUUUGGAACAAUGUGAACAAUUUAUUUUAAAUAAAAAUAAAAAUGAACAUUUAUUCUUUAUUGUUUCAAGUCAAUAUGCUACUAAUAUUGUAUCACAUGUUCAUGAUUUAACACAAAUUAUUGCUAUUUAUAUACUUCAACAAGAUAUAUCAAAUAUUAAUAGAAAAGAUACUAUUGAUGAUAAAUGGACAAAACGAUAUUCAAAGGUGAAAGGUAUUUAUCUUGAUCGUGAUAGUCUAUUGGAAGAAUUAUCAUCUGAUGUGAACAAGUAUACGAAUAUUGGUGAUCUUCUACCAAUAUCAAUUUAUAAUCAACGUGAUAUUAUUCAAAAUAAUAAUUCAUCAAAUGAUCAUUUACGUUUUCUUUUUUAUCAAUUAUUUGUUCAUGAAUAUUGUUUAAAAUCAUCUUCAUCAAAUAAAAUACAUCUUAUUGAAUUAAUUGAAGAUUAUUAUCGUUUAAAUCGAUAUGAAUUACAUCAAAUAGAUGAAUUUGAUAAAGAAUAUAAUUCAACAAAAAAUGUUUUAAUAUGGUUUUUACGAAAUACUUUUCUUCGAAAAUUUUUAACAAAAUCUUUAUUAAUAUUAAAUUUAAAAAUUUUAUUUACAUUAAGAUUUUUUAUUAAAGAUAUGUAUAAAGCAAUGAUUGAUAUUGGUUCAUCAUCAAAUAAAUAUCAAAUAUCAACUGAACAAAUUUUUUAUCGAAGUCAAAUUAUUUCUGAAGAAACAUUUGGAAGAAUUAAAUCAAAUAUUGGUGAACUUUUAUCAAUAAAUAAUUUUUUCUUAGCAAAUAAAAAUCGUCAUAAUGCAUUAUCAUUUCUUCGUCAAAAUUUUUCAUCAACUAAUUUGAUUUAUCGAGUUUUAUUUGAAAUUAAAAUUCCUUCAGAUUAUAAAUUUCAUAAACAACGUCCAUUUAUUGAUGUAACACAGUUUUCUUCUGAUGAAUAUACAACAUUAUUUUUUAUUGGUUCCAUAUUUCGAAUUGAUACAGUUAUUUUUGAUAUUAAUAAUGAUUGUUGGAUUAUACAACUUACAUUAUAUGAUGAAAGAACAAAUGAAGAUUUUUCUCAAGUAUUCACAUUUCUUAAUGAUCAUCAUACUCCAAUAACAUUAGCUAAUCUUCUUCGACGAAUAUGUCCGGAUUCUGCUAAACAAUUUUAUAAACAUCUUUUAAAAGAAAAUUCUGAAUCACCUUCAAGACUUGAAUGUUAUCGUGGUCUUGGUCUAUGUUCAUAUUCAUGUGAAGAUUAUGAACAAGCAUUAAUCUAUUUUGAAAAAGCUCUUGAAAUGGAACCAGAUGAUCCAUUAAUAAUAUCAUCUUUACAUAAUUCAAUUGGUCUUGUUUAUGCUCAACAAGAUAAUCUUGAUCAAGCACAAAUUCAUUUUUCUGAAGCAUUAAAAUAUAGUUCAUUACCAUUACAUGUUGCAUGUGCUCAUUAUAAUUUAGCAUUAGUUUAUGGUAAACAAUGUUUAUUUGAUGAAGAACUUGAUCAUUAUCAAGAAGCUUUUGAAAUUCGUACAAAUCAAUUACCUUCAGAUCAUUUACAAAUAGCUUCAUUAUUUAAUAAUAUUGGUAUUGCAUAUUCAGAUUUACAUAAACAUGACAAAGCUUUAUCAAAUUUAAGAAAAGCACUUGAAAUGAGACUUAAAUUAUUGCCAGAAAAUCAUAUUGAUGUUGCAAGAAGUUAUGCUAAUAUUGGAGCUGUUUAUGUUAAAACUGAAGAAUUUCGAAUGGCUUUAGAAUAUUUUAAUAAAGCACAACUUUUAUUUGAGAAACAACAACCAAUACCAGAACAGGAUAUUCAACAAAUUAAUCAAAAUAUUAAAAUUGUUAAUGAGAAACUUGAAUGA